AUGAGUGCUUUGUGGGCUGUUCCUGCACUUGGGCCCGCAGCACAUCCGGCUCAUCCAGGGCCAGUGCACGUCGUUCAUGGUGUUACUACAGGUGUGGUAACACGCCAGGCCGUGACACAGCCUGUGCCACAAGGGCCUGCCGUGCCCGUGCCGACGCCACACAUUCCGGUCUAUGCACCGAUGACAGGCGGUCCGUGUCACAGUGACAUGUAUGGACCAGCCGAGGCGCUGUAUCCACUGCCGGCAGACCGUAUCUAUGCAGAGCCCUUUGGAGGUGAAGGAUACGGGCAAAUGCCGCAAGUGCGGCUUGCUCCCCACGCGUGGCCAGACGCCCAGGAAGACGAGUAUUUCGAGGAUCCGAAUGAUCCCCAGCAAGAACACUUCCAGCUGGGCGAUGAGGCUGCCAAUGUGAACGGGUCUUGGAGGACUCCAUGGGAGGACACUGAGGACAACACCGAAAUGCAAUUCCUGGCCUUGCUGGAGUCAUUGGAAGCUCGUGUGGACUUAAUGUCGCAGAUGCAGCAGACCAGGGCUGCCAUCCAGCAGCAAGCUCAAAAUGCCCAAAGGGGAUUGCAGCACGACCACUCUGACCCAGAGCCGGAGCCCGACGUGUGGGAGAAGAUCAAGGACCAGGAUGGUCACAUCUGCCGAUUGAGUGAGGAAGUCACCGGUCUCCGCGAAAGGCUGCAGGGCUCACUUGCGAUGAAUGCUGCGCUGCAGCACCGUGAGCGUGUGGCCUCCGUUCUGCAGGCCUCCUCUCCUGAGCAGAGCUUUCCACUCAAGGAGCCCAGCGUACUCCUCCCAUUCUGUCCAAAGGCUAGUGGGAUCAACUUGGAGAUUUCAGAGGAUGGCUAUACAGCCACACGGUUCCGUGGUUGCAGGCAGUCUGUGGCUGUGGGUACCGGCCCGGUGCCUCUCCAAGAGCACGGUCGCUACUUUGAGGUGACGGUGGAAGACACUGUUCCGGGCUGGGUUGGAGGUUUGGGCAUUGGAGUUACGUCCUCGACUCCGCAAGGCCUGAAGCGAGUUCCCGAUAAGGCCUGGCGCAUUCCAAAGACCAUGGUCAUCGGCUACUGGGGCUGCGUCUUCGUUGAUGGUUGCGAGCAAAGGACUGCGUGGCGUGCUGACAGUCUUCCCCCCAAAGCACGCGUUGGCUUCUUGGUAACGCGCGGUGGAGAUCUUCUGGUCUUCGUGGAUGGUGAGGCAGUAGUGAGAGUCGAUGGUGCCGUAGAAUCCCAAAAGGAGCCCCUCUACCCAGUCGUGGACGUCUUCGCAGCGACUCGUGUGGUCUCAAUGUCACCGAGUGCUCGCCCUCCUACCAAGUCCUGGACCUCCCUCCAUGCGCCCAUUUCUGCAGCUGCAGUGAGAAAAACUGCCAAUGCGGAACCAAACGGAAUCGUCGCGCUGUGUUUCACACCAAUCUCGGUCCCUAGCAUCUCUGGAACCCUUGAAGCCUGCCUCGGAAUUCCGCGCGAGCCUUCGCGACCUGCUUGGGCCAUGCGUCGAUGUUUCCAGAUCUUUCUUGUGCUGCUGAUCUCGCGGCACUUCUCGAGGCUUCCGAGAGUCUUCAUCCAAAGUGAGGAGUUCCUGCUACAACGGCCACGACGCCAAGCUUUGGCUGGAGCUCUGCUGGCAUCGAUGGCGCCAACACCCCGUGCAGUAGCCGAGGACCGGGUUCAGACUGCAGCCUCACCGGUGUCCGUUGGAUUGAUCGGUGACGAGCUUGUUUAUCCUCGCUGGUUUGCUGGGACUUGGGCAACAGUCGGCGAGUUGUACAAGGUCGAGACGGGACCAUUGGGCGAAAACGCUCUGUCCGCAGCCUUGCCAGGAACACCGGCCGCCAUGCGAAAGAACAACGGUGCAGUUUCAAACCUAGCUUCCGAGCUCUUCCGACUAGCCUUGCAAUUCGCCAUGCUAUGGCAGAGAGAAGCUAAGGUUGGUAUGGAAGCCGGGGUGUUCCGAGCACGCAGGCGCUGGAUGCCGACACAACGCCCCUCUCCGGAAGGUGGGGCCGGUGCAGAGGAAGACAGAGGGGGUGUUCCUGCUGGUGCUGCAGCAGCUGCCUAUGCAGUGGGUGGUCCAGCACCAAGGCUUAAGAAAACCGACACGGAGGGGCUCUGGGAGGUAGCCGGGCGAUGGAAGCUGCAAGCAGCUGGUGCAGUCGCACGGGCUGAUCCAGAGAUCCCUGGAGGGUUGCGUGUCUCCGAACUCUUUGAGCUCCGGCCACUGGAUCAGGAUAAGCUGUCUGCCGCGGUCCGCAUCGUUACCAUCUGGAAAGAGGCAAAGACAGAGGGCUCUGAGCAGUUGCAGAUGGACCUGCGGGACAUCGGCGAGUUUGACAAAACUCUGGCUGCGUGGGACUUCUCCUCCGAUGUGGCCCAAGUAAAGCCCCUCCGGCUUGAGAGCCCGAUGCCUCCGAGGCGGAAGGGUCAUGGCGGUGGCUAUGGCGACUGGCAGGAGGACCAAAUCUCCAUUGCUGUGAGCCAGGCCCUGUCGCCGAUACUUUCGAAAGAAACGGAGUGGGAUCAGGCAAAGUUGGAGAAGAGGGUGAAGCAGUACUUUAGAAAUGCGGCGAAGGGUCUCGAGUUCUACUCGAAGACAUGGGACACCCUGAUCGAGGAAUACUCGGACACAGUCUUUGCCUCGCUCUUUCAGGCGCUCAAGGAUCGGCCCUGGCUAGUCGAAGUGGACUUUGUCAUGGUCUUUGAUGCGGCAGUGAAAGAGAUUUUUCCGAAGCAGCUGCUGAAGAACGUGCCGCAGGUGACCUUCGAGAGCCAGGUUCUCCACGCGCACGACCGCGCUUUCGAGGAGCAGCGAUUUGCUCCCAUGCUCUGGGACAUCCUUUUUGAAAAGAUUCAAGACAAGCCAUUGAAGAACAAGAUCUACAAUGCAUUUGAGGCAGGCAGAAAAGAGGCUGCAUUGUCCGGCGGAGAGGGGUCAAGUCCAGCCGGAGGCUUUAUUCAAGCCUGGGUCACUGCCUCCCUCCGAGAGCUGCAGCAAGGCCCUGCCCCGCUCGCUGAGCAGCUGUCGCCAGAGCUUUGCAAAGAGAUCUUCCACGAGCUGCUGGAGGCCGGCGCGUUGCCGCUCCACUUGACGAAGGAGUCAGGAGUUCCGCCAGAGAGUGCGAUGCUGAUAGACUCCGUCGUGGAGGACGUGUACUCGGGACGUCUGGAGCUUCCGCCACCUUCAAUUGGGAGAGGCAAAAGCAAAGCGGCUCAGCCCGAUUGGCAAGCAGCAGCGCCAUUCUCGGCAACUAAGCACAAG